CUUCUAGUUAACAUGAAGAAGAAGAGCGCACAACAACACCCAAUGCGGGCGAGGAGAAAGUAAAUUAUUGUCUGUUUUUGUGCAAACAGCCAUCGAUCAGGUAAUUAUCCUCAAAUCACUCCUCCGAGAGCCCGCGCGCGCCCACCCACGUGCCUGCAAGUUAGCAUGAUGUGUUAGCUAUCUGUCUGUCGGACUGUUGUUGUGUCACGUGCUCUGAACAUAGCCGCCGCGCUUCCUCAGAACCAGAGCAAAUGUCUUCAAACGGCCGCGACCCCAACUUCUGUCAGGAUUGUGGCAGCGUCCUGCCGUUGCCAGGACUGUCCGACACGGUGCGCUGCCCUCGCUGCUGUCUCUGCACGCCCGUGACAGAGUUCUUGGGAAGAGAAAUUCAGUCUGGGGUUAUCUUCAACCCCGCUGAGCAGACCUUGCUGGCUCUGGAGGAUGAGGAGAACUCAGAGCUGAAGGGCCCUGUGAUUGACCGACGCUGCACUCGCUGCAAUAAGGAAGGCAUGAUCUACCACACUAGGCAGAUGAGAUCUGCAGAUGAAGGACAGACGGUCUUCUUCACCUGCAUCCACUGCAGGUUCCAGGAAAAGGAGGACUCCUGAGAAAAGCUUUUGCUUACUAUCUGAUCACAAUCACCUCAACUCUGGUUCUGUUUUGAUCCAGGGAGCUGCUUUUUUGUAGUGAUGAGCUGUUUCUGUUUGUUAAACUGAACUUGUGCAUGUUCUGGUGCACGUGUUGGUCCUCUCCACCUUUGUCACACAUGACACUGGUCAGUUCAUCGGGACUCUACAAGAAAAAAAACAGGAAUCGAUGUCUCAGAUUUAAACUGCAGCCACGGAGGCUCAGGACAAUCAGGUAUACAUUUUACACAAGUCAACUAAAGUGAAGGAGCAGGACAGCAACUCAGCAAACUAACCAGAAACAAUAAAACUGUAUCAGCUGUUUAUAUUUAUUUUUCCUGAAGCAUACCCUGAUUCUCAACUGGACAGCUGUUAGUACUUGCGCGCAUUUUCUCAGAAAAUGAUCUCUUUAUAGUUUGAUUAAUUUCUUUAAAACUCUUGUCAAAGACCAGAAAACUGUCAUCCUAUGUUUUUAUAAAGUAUUCUACCAAAUUUGAACUGUUGUAUCCAGUAAGGCUUCAACUUACAUCUCACAUGGCUGUUAAAUUGUUCUUUAAAUGAUAAAGAACGCUCUUGGUAUCUGA